UUUGCCUGUGUUUUGAUCCAUCAAAUAUUUGAACCUCAUUCCAUUCAAGCUGUAUUCSUAGUAGUGUACCCWKYCAACCAUGUAGAACUAGACUGUGUUGUACAAUUCUUUGCGAUGUUUGGGGACCUGUUCAACGAGGAAGAGGACGAAGAAGCUCCGGUGACAAUUGCAAACGGAAAGAAUGCUGCCCAUUCGUCUAGUAAGGGUGAAAAAACUAAUAUUCCUGCGCCACCGGAUCCACGAAGUCCUACAAACCUGUGUGGAUUGAUAAAUCAAGGAGGGACAUGUUACUUGAAUUCGCUGAUUCAAACGUUGUUUUUUACGCCAGAGUUUCGAGAACAGUUGUUUCAAGUUGGCCCUGGUGAACUUGGUGAGCUAUCAUCAGUUGUCAAGGCAAGAGUUAUUCCUCUUCARCUCCAGCAUCUGUUCUGUGAGAUGCUGCUUCUUGACAGAGCAAAUAUCAGUACCUCACAACUGACAGACAGUUUUGGUUGGACUCAGAAUGAGGGAUUUCAGCAGCAUGACGUUCAAGAACUCAAUAGAAUUUUAUUCAGUGCUAUUGAAUCCUCAUUGGUUGGUACAUCUGGACAGAACUUGAUUAGGAAUCUUUACCAUGGUACCCUAGUAUCUAAGAUCACGUGUCAAGAAUGUGGCAAUGUCAGUGAAAGAGAGGAAGAUUUUCUAGAUCUUCAGAUGAUCCUGACAAGCUGURCAAGUUUGGAGCAGAGCUUGAAAAUGUUUUAUAUCAUGGAGGAAUUAAUGAGUGGUGAAAACCAAUAUAUGUGUGAAAGGUGUGGAAAACUUGUGGAUGCUACAAGAGAAGCAAAGCUUAGAAGCCUGCCAUCUAUUCUGUCUUUCUCUCUGGUGAGGUUCGCAUAUGAUYUGAAAAGGUUUGAGCGCUACAAGGAAACCAAACGAUAUACUUUCCCUUUGGAAUUGGACAUGAGGGAAUUCUGUGAAGAUGGGAAAGACGACGACAUUUAUGAGCUCUAUUCUGUGGUUAUUCAUAAGGGUAGUUGCUAUGGUGGUCAUUACCACGCCUAUAUUCGUGAUGUUCAAGGUCUUGGAAACUGGAUAUCCCCGGAUGAACCAGAAAUUGCAAAUCUUUGUAAUGAUAACGAGGAUGGGAAAUUAARUAACCAUGACGAUAUAGAUCGUAGCAAUCCCUUACAACUUUUAAUCUUUCUUGUUGCAAGUCUUGGUGGACAGGCAUCAAUCUCAGAUCUUUGUCAGUCCAUGGUCAAGGAAACUGGGAUAGCAUGGAAUAAGGUGUUUAAAAAGAAGCAUGGUCCAUUGACAAAGUUUAUCAAGAAACAUACAGAUGUGUUUGAUAUAUCUGAGGGUUCAUUGGUAAUGCUGAAGCAUGAUAAAACCAAUGAACAACAUGAUGACACAUYGAAUACUAGUACAGAAGCAAUUGACACAGAGGCACAAGAAACAACUCUACCUAGAGACAAGAGUAAUCAUAAAGGUGAUAGUAACUGGUUUGAUUUGAAUGAUGCCAGAAUUGUCUGUAUCAAYGAGCAAGAUAUAAAGAAACAGUUUGCUGGGAAAGAAAGUGCAUACAUGCUUUUCUAUCGAAGAAAAUGUUUACAACCAACUACAAUUGACAAAAAUUGUCUAGGAAAUGCUUUGCCAACCAAUUUGGUUUCUGAAGUCAUUUCAAAGAAUACAGAACUGUUAAAACAGCGAGAGGAAUAUGAUAUGGAGCUGAAUCGCAUCAAUAUUGUUUUACACUUCUGCUGUGACUACACUGUCAAAGAUGGUGUCAUUGUUCCCAAAGAGGAAGUCUCUAUCGGCCCUUCAGUAUUUACUCUGGACAGACGGAAAACUGUAGAUGAUUUUCUCCGUCUUGUCGAUCAGCGUUGUCUUUUGAGUAAAGAAGUGAUUCAUGAUUUAAUAGUCCAUAAAGCAAAGCAACUGUCAGCAGGAAUCCACCUCUAUGACGACAUCACAGCUUGCAAGACACGCUCAUUGCUUGACUGGGAUGUGAAUGACGGGUCUGAGCUUUUUAUUUGGUGCGGAAAACAGGUCGAUGGGCAUUAUGUUCGUACUGGCAGAGAUUGUGAGCCUGUACUGUUAUCGAUAACUUAUCCUCUGAAAGAUGGAAAGUCUAUCGAUGUACAAAAAGCUUUUCCGAAAGACUCUUCUUUGAAUGAAUUGAAGGUCUCCAUCAGUAAAAUCACAGGAAUAAAGAUGUCAAAGCUCAUUCUCAGUAUUAUGAAAUUAUCGAAACGAUCAAAAACCAAAGUGGAAGAGCUAGGAGCAUCGUUGGAUGGAAAUACACUGCAAGCGAUGGAUUUUAUUGACGGACAAAGGCUUAUUGUCGACAAGAAAGUCAAGCAAAAGAAUUCCAGCUGUCAUCCAUUGUGUUUAGCCACUUCAGAAGCAGAGAAACGUGACAACCAGAUCAGUUUACUUGUAGAAAAUCACAUUAACUGCUCCGAUAGUCAGGGUACAGCUACUGAUGAGCGUCCUCCAGUGGCAACUUUUUAUGUUGACAAACAUAAGACGAUUGGUGAGCUUAAAAAACAAAUAAUGUCUUCGUCAGAUUUUAGAAUAAGCGCAGAUCAAAAUUGUAUUCUACGAGUGGAUGACGUCACACAUGGGCUGGGACCUCCGUUGCACGAGCAUCACACUAUAGAAGAGCUGCUUCUGACCGAUGAACAUAAGAUUGUCAUUGAAUCAGGAACACCACUAAUGGAAAACCAAAUUGCCAUCCGGUUUUACUGUGCUGUAGUCGGUCUCCCUCGAAAUGAAGARGAAAUAAUCCUAGAAACAUCAUGUACCAUCAGUAAAUGUUUAAGGUUGAUGAUAGAACAAGCUGGUCUUGAAGGUUCUGAGUGGCACCUAAGUAAAACCAAUUGGUACGGUGAGGAAACAGGAAUAAUUGAAAAUGAGGAAGACACACUUGACAAAGCUGAGGUGAACCAUGGUKACCUUUUGGUAGUGAAAACAGGACGACUUCCACCAAAGGGUUUUGUACGGCUAUCAUUGUGGCUUUUCAAACGAUGUCAAGAAGGCAAUGAUGAUGGAGAGGGGCAUGGGUCGAGUGUGAUAUCCUGGAUUACUUCAGGACUGCAGGAGCUACUAGGAGUAUCUCAGCAUGAAAGCAACGACAAACAAGUAGAAGAUCUUGAAUUCCUCGGUGAAAUUGAGAUAUCCAUGGAUGCCAUGUUGGUUGAUCUCAAGAGGAAGAUUAUCGAUAUUAUCCUGCAGGCAAAAGAGUAUCAAGUACCAUCGCCUGAAUUCUUAAGAGUCCAAGACAUUAAGGAGGGGUAUCCUACAAGAGUUCUGCGUCACCAUAACAAAACUCUAAGAUUUUCAAAGGUGUGCUCUUCAAGAAAACUAAGUGUGCAAGUGCUUAAAUCAAAGGAGGAGCUCAGUCAGUCUGCCAUUUUAUUAAACGUUCAGAAAAGAAUAUGUGGUCAACGAUGUUAUGAGCCAUCGAAACAAUUAAUCUACGAUGCUCCGAAUGGAGCGACGUCUUCAUCUUUACAUCAAUGUAUCAGUGAAACGUUUGACAUUCCUCUAAGCAGCCUCUCCAUAGCAAAAUACCUACGAAAUAAAUACGAUUGGCUUAUUAUAUCCUUAAAACCUUAUGACAAGGAACAAUCCUCAAAAAAUAAAAAGGUCAACCUUCGACACUCGCCUUAUCAUCUACAAGAUGGCGAUAUUAUAGGAAUCAAGGAUAUAUCAAUAGACAACACUGAUGACUUCAGCACUCCUGAGGACGAAGCGGCAAAAGAAAAUCUGCAACAAAUCCGAGAUGAAAAAAUUCGCAGACGAAGAGAAGAGAGACAAAGGGGUCGUUAUCGAAGGCCUGAAGUCGAACUCAAGAUUCACGUUGACGAUUUUACGUAAAGUGAAAUGAAGAUUCUUUCGUUUUCUUAUUCUUAAUUUAAGAAAAUCAAUCAUUGGAAACUAUGAUACAUGAAAUUCUAUUGUAAAGGACUAUCAUUGGUAACACAAAUAUGUCUAUGAUGUAAAAUUUUAUAAGAUGUUAGACACUAACAGAGAACGACAUGGUUGUACAGUAAUAAAGGUGAUACUACACUUGUUUUUUAAAAGGGUUUAAAUUUGAUACCAUAUAUGGUGACUUUAUUUACUAUAAUAAGACCAUACGAGCAUAAACACUCGUUAAACACGUCGACAAAACUUUGUUUCAUGUAACUGUAGGUUGUCUUUAUUGGUUUCAUGGUGAAUAUAUACACAAUAAAAAUCUCAAUUGAUUCAA